GGAGGAGCGCGCAGGCGCACUUCGAGCCUAUGUGUCCAACAUGGCUGAGGUAUUGAGGCUUCUUCUUGUAGAGCAGCAGGAGCUGGAAGGAGGAUGCUGAGCUUCCCGGGAGCAGCAACGGUGUCAGCUGUGGCAGGGGACGUGGGGACCGAGGCAGGCUCUCCUCAACCAUGGCCAGGCUGGCAGAUUAUUUCAUUGUGGUGGGCUACGACCAUGAGAAGACAGGGUCAGGAGAAGGUUUGGGAAAAAUAAUUCAGAGGUUUCCCUUAAAGGAUUUGGAUGACACUCCUUUUCCACAGGGAAUAGAAUUGUUUUGUCAGCCUGGAGGAUGGCAUCUAUCCAGAGAGAGGAAGCAGCCUACAUUCUUUGUGGUGGUUUUGACAGAUAUAAACUCUGAACGGCACUACUGCUCUUGCCUAACUUUCUAUGAAGCAGAGAUCAAUUUGCAGGGGUCAAGAGAAACUGAAGGAGAAGAGGAGUCUGGUUUGAUUCAGCCUGCAGAAGUGUUUGCUCCCAAAAGCUUGGUGUUGGUAUCCCGAUUAGAUUAUCCAGAAAUUUUCAGGGCUUGCCUUGGCUUGGUCUACACUGUGUACGUGGACAACCUGAAUGUCUCAUUGGAAACUCUCAUUGCAAAUCUCUGUUCGUGCUUUGUUCCUUCUGCUGGAGGGUCACAGAAACUAUUUUCCUUAGGAGCAGGAGAUAGGCAGCUGAUUCAGACUCCUUUACAUGAUAGUCUUCCUGUUACGGGGACUAGCGUGGCUCUUCUGUUUCAACAAUUAGGAAUUCAAAAUGUGCUGAGUCUGUUCUGUGCAGUCCUUACAGAAAACAAGGUCCUCUUUCAUUCUGCAAGCUUCCAAAGACUGAGUGAUGCAUGUAGAGCAUUAGAGUCUUUAAUGUUUCCUCUCAAGUAUAGUUACCCCUACAUUCCAAUUCUCCCAGCACAGCUCCUGGAAGUUCUCAGUUCACCCACACCUUUUAUUAUUGGUGUGCAUUCUGUCUUCCGUAAUGACAUUCAUGAACUUUUAGAUGUAAUCAUAGCAGACCUGGAUGGUGGUACAAUUAAAAUUCCUGAAUGUAUUCAUCUGUCCCAGCUCCCAGAACCACUGCUUUAUCAAACUCAAACUGCUCUUUCUCUAGUUUUACAUCCAGAUUUGGAAACAGCAGAUUAUGCAUUUCCUCCUCCUCGAACAGCUCUAUCUCAGUCCAAAAUGUUGGAUAAAGAGGUGCGAGGAGUCUUUCUUAGGUUAUUUGCACAGCUUUUCCAAGGAUACAGAUCUUGUCUUCAGCUGAUCAGGAUUCAUUCAGAACCUGUCAUAAACUUCCACAAGGCAGCCUUCUUGGGCCAGCGAGGCUUGAUCGAGAAUGAUUUCCUUACCAAAGUUCUGAAUGGAAUGGCAUUUGCUGGUUUUGUGUCAGAGAGAGGUCCUCCUUACCGAUCCUGCGAUCUCUUUGAUGAGUUGGUAGCAUUUGAAGUAGAGAGAAUUAAAUCUGAAGAAAGCAAUUCAUCAAAAAUGUUAAAGCAUGUCAGGGAACUUGCAGAGCAGCUGUUCAAAAAUGAAAAUCCAAAUCCUCACAUGGCAUUCCAGAAAGUACCACGACCUACAGAAGGAUCUCAUCUGCGUGUUCAUGUACUUCCCUUCCCCAAGAUUAAUGAGACUCAGGUUCAAGAUCUAAUCCAGGAAGGCUUGGUUAAAAACCAAAGUGCACCACCUGCUUCUCGUGUGGAAAGGAAAUGUGUUGUUCCUGCUGGUCCACCUGUUGUUUCCAUAGUAGAAAAGGCAAGCACGGUUUUCAACAGUGCACAAAGGCUGGAAGUUGUUAGAAACUGCAUCUCUUUUAUAUUUGAAAAUAAAAUUUUGGAGACUGAAAAGACCCUGCCUGCUGCACUGAGAGCCCUCAAAGGAAAAGCAGCUCGACAGUGUUUGACACAGGAACUAAGUCUCCACGUUCAGCAGAAUCGUGCAAUACUGGACCAUCAGCAGUUUGAUUACAUAGUACGAAUGAUGAACUGUACUUUGCAGGAUUGUUCAACUUCAGAAGAAUACAGCAUUGCUGCAGCACUGCUGCCACUAACAACUGCAUUUUAUAGGAAACUAGCUCCUGGAGUCAGCCAGUUUGCUUAUACCUGUGUACAAGAUCACCCAAUAUGGGCUAACCAGCAGUUCUGGGAAACAACGUUUUACAGUGAUGUGGAAAAUCAAAUUCGUUUCCUCUAUCUCUCAGCUAAGGAAGACAAUCAUCCACAACACUUAAAGCAGAAGGAGAAUUCUGAAGGCCAGGCACAAGAAAAGACUGCCAUGGAUUUGGCUGCUGAACAGUUGCGUCUAUGGCCAACACUUACUAAAGAGAGUCAACAGCAGCUAGUACAAAGUGAGGAGAGCAUGGUUUUCAGUCAGGCAAUUCAUUUUGCCAACCUCAUGGUAUACCUGCUGGUGCCACUGGACACCAGUAAAAACAAACUGUUAAGAACUUCGGCUACAGGAGACUGGGAAAGUGGAAGCAAUAGCAUUGUCACAAAUAGCAUUGCAGGCAGUGUUGCGGAGAGCUAUGAUACUGAAAGUGGGUUUGAAGAUUCUGAAAACAGUGAUAUUGCCAAUGCUGUCGUGCGCUUCAUUACAAGGUUCAUAGACAAGGUUUGUACAGAAAGUGGAGUAACACAGGAUCAUAUCAGGAGUCUUCAUUGUAUGAUACCAGGAAUUGUAGCAAUGCACAUUGAGACUCUGGAGGCUGUCCAUCGAGAAAGUAGAAGGUUGCCACCAAUACAGAAGCCCAAGAUUCUACAACCAGCUUUGCUACCAGGGGAAGAGUUUGUGUGUGAAGGUCUCCGUGUGCUCCUGGAUCCUGAUGGCAGAGAGGAGGCAACUGGAGGAUUGCUUGGAGGCCCUCACAUUCUCCCUGCAGAAGGAGCUUUGUUCCUUACUACGUACAGAGUUAUAUUUAAAGGCACACCUCAUGAUCAACUAGUGGGAGAACAAACAGUUAUUCGGAGCUUCCCUAUUGCUUCAAUAACUAAGGAGAAGAAAAUAACUAUUCAGAAUCAGCUUCAACAGAGUAUGCAGGAAGGACUGCAAAUCACCUCAGCUGUCUUUCAGCUGAUUAAGGUCGCUUUUGAUGAAGAAGUGGGCCCUGAAGUUGUAGAGAUAUUUAAGAAGCAACUAAUGAAGUUUCGCUACCCACAGUCCAUCUUUAGCACAUUUGCUUUUGCAGCUGGUCAAACUGCACCUCAGAUAAUCUUACCAAAGCAAAAGGAAAAGAACACUUCUUUUCGCACUCUUUCAAAAACAAUUGUAAAAGGAGCGAAACGUGCCGGGAAAAUGACAAUUGGCCGACAAUAUUUGCUAAAGAAGAAGACGGGGACAAUUGUGGAGGAAAGGGUAAAUCGUCCUGGGUGGAAUGAGGAUGAUGACAUUUCAGUUUCAGAUGACAGUGAAAUGCACACUAGUGGUACUUUGAAAGCAUCAGAGAAAUCGACAAUGGAGCAGCUAGUGGAAAGAGCUUGUUUCAGAGACUAUCAACGUUUGGGGUUGGGCACCAUCAGUAAUAGUUCUUCUCGCUCAAAAACAGAGUACUUUCGAAUAACUGCCUUGAACAGGAUGUAUUCCCUUUGCAGAAGCUAUCCAGGGCUUCUAGUGGUACCUCAGUGUGUGCAGGACAGCAGCUUGCAGAGAGUAGCUCGCUGUUAUAGACACAAUCGCCUUCCAGUGGUAUGUUGGAAAAACUCAAAAGCCAGCACACUCCUGCUUCGAGCUGGUGGCUUCCAUGGCAAAGGAGUUGUUGGCCUUUUCAAAUCUCAAAACACUCAAACUUCAGCCCCUACAUCAUUGGAAUCUUCAAGCAGCAUAGAACAAGAAAAAUACCUUCAAGCCUUACUGAAUGCAAUUUCUGUCCAUUGCAAAAUGAACGGCAAUAAUACUCUUACUGUCAGACCAACAAUUGCUUUGUCUCCAGGCACUGAAAGAAGGGCUUCAAGAAUGUCCACUGUGUUUAAGCAGGUAGUGCCAGGACAUUUGGAUGUAAAUCUGUCCAAUAGCUUUACCCGAGGAGUGCUUGGGUACAGAGAUAAAUGUUUCACACAUUCAAAUUCCAAAUCAGGAAGAGUCUAUCAAGGUAUGUGGGCAAGUCUUCGUUCUAGCAGUCGGUUUAUCAGCACUCAAAUGCCAUUUCUUGAUGUCGGUGCAAGAUUAGCAGGGAAAGAUGGUUCGCCUUCUUAUACCAGCAGUAGUGCAUAUUUUCAAAACCGACUUCUGAAGCGCCAAGCCGCCCUCUACAUAUUUGGAGAAAAAUCUCAACUAAGAGGCUUCAAACUGGACUUUGCUUUAAAUUGUGAAUUUGUUCCAGUCGAAUUCAGUGACAUCCGGCAAGUGAAAGCUAGUUUUAAAAAGCUCAUGUGUGCUUGUAUUCCUAGCAGUAUUCCUGCAGAUUCUGAAAUAACAUUCCUUAAAGCACUUGGAGAUUCAGAGUGGUUCCCACAGCUUCAUAGGAUAAUGCAGUUGGGUGUAGUUAUAUCAGAGCUGCUUGAGAAUGGUUCUUCAGUUUUGUUUUGUCUGGAAGAUGGCUGGGACAUCACAGCACAGGUAGUAUCUCUUGUGCAGUUACUCAGCGAUCCAUUCUAUCGAACACUCGAAGGCUUCAGAAUGCUAGUGGAAAAGGAAUGGCUGUCCUUCGGCCAUAAGUUCAGCCAGCGCAGUAAUUUGACACUCAAUUGUCAGGGAAGUGGGUUUGCUCCUGUCUUCUUGCAAUUCUUGGAUUGUGUUCACCAGAUUCACAACCAGUAUCCAACAGAGUUUGAAUUCAAUCAGUAUUACCUGAAGUUCUUAGCGUUUCACUACAUUUCCAAUCGAUUUAAAACAUUCCUGCUGGACUCAGACUAUGAAAGACUGGAACAUGGGACACUGUUUGAGGAUAAAGGAGAGAAACAUGGCAAAAAGGGUAUUUGCAUGUGGGAAUGCAUUGACAAAAUACACAAGAGGAGUCCUGUUUUCUUCAAUUACCUCUAUGCACCAGUUGAAACAGAGGUACUAAAACCAAAUGUAAACAUAUCCAGUCUGAAAAAGUGGGAUUACUACACAGAGGAGACCUUGGCCAGUGGUCCAUCAUAUGACUGGACCAUGGUAACUACCAAAUGUUGUACCCUGGAUGAACCUGAUCAGGUGGACAUGUCACCUCCCCAGAGUAAGAGGAAAGUUGUCUGGCCGUGCUAUGACAACAUUAACAAAGUGCAGCCUGAUGCUAUCACCAGCCUAUUAAAUGAAAUCGAAAGACUGGAGAACAAGUUAAAUCAAAGCCCAGAAAGAUGGCAACCAUUGUGGGAAAGAGUCAAAGUAAAUGUUAAAGAAGACACAAGGCAGGAUAAUCAUCAGAGACAUCCAUCUGGCUCUUCAGCAGUAAUGUCUGCCAAUCUGCAUUCCUAUCAAAAGAGGUCUUUGUUGCAUCUACCGGACAGUGGAUUGGGUGAAGAACAAAACGCCAACAUCUCGCCCUCCAAUGGUGUGGAAAGGAGAGUAACUACAUUAUACAAUCAGUUCACAUCAAAGAAUGAUGAAAAUAGGUCAUUUGAAGGUACACUUUACAAAAGAGGAGCUUUGCUAAAAGGUUGGAAACCUCGUUGGUUUGUGCUGGAUGUUACCAAACACCAGCUUCGAUAUUAUGAUUCUAUGGAGGACACAUGCUGUAAGGGCCAUAUUGACCUUGCAGAAGUAGAAAGUGUAAUACCUGCUUCACCAACUAUUGGUGCUCCAAAGCAUGCUAGUGAGAGAGCAUUCUUUGAUCUGAAGACAAGUAAACGUGUGUACAAUUUCUGUGCCCAAGAUGCGCAGAGUGCCCAGCAAUGGAUGGACAGGAUACAAAGUUGCAUUUCAGAUGCAUAGUAAGGAAUCUCAUUUUGCUGCCAACAGCGGAAAGGAAAUGUUUUCGGUAUGCACGAGUAACUUUUGAUUGUGAGAAGAAUUGUUACUGCAGAUCAAGUAGCCUUAUAUUUCAGCCAUAAAUACUCAGAACAUUGUCUUUCCUUAAGUUUAUUACUUGCAUAAUGACUCCUCCUCCAUAUGGAAGACACUCAAAAUCAAUAACCUCUUUGCCUGGGAAACGUAUCUUCAAUACAAUUCUAAGCUAGGUGAUCUGGCAGCAUUAUACUGGGAUAUACUAUUAUCUCAGAACUGUUCUUUUUCUAAACACAGAAAUAUUCCCCCGCAAAUAAUACUCUGUUUUCCAUUUAGUUUUUCUGUUUCAGAAAAAGAGUCCAUUUUUAGUCUGUAGCUUUUUCUUGGAGAGCAUCAUUUAAGUCUUCCAAACCUGAACGUUUGGAAACCUAUAAGUAUGCAUUACUAAGAGUGUUUAGGCACUUAAAUUCUAGACACCCAAAAAAGUUAAGAAAUUAUUUCUUUUCUACUAUUUGCUCUCUGGUAUUUUUGUCUCGAGAAAUAUCUUGCCAUUUUUCUACCAGUUAAUUGAAGAAUACAUUGUUCUGGUUUAUAUUCUCUUUAUGUGUUGCAGUAGAUCAAUGGAAAUAAAACUAAAGCAGACGAGAAAAAAUCUUAUAAACCAGACAAGGGUAGGAGGAACGCCUAAGAAAUAUAGAAGUUGUAUAUUGUGUGCUGUUCUGCUCGUUGUAAAAUGAAAUAACACAAUGAUAAAUGCACUAAACAAAACAAACACUUGCACUGAAAUCCUUGAAAACAGACAUUUUGAAGGACAGAAGUAAAUUAUUUAUAGCAAAAUGCUAGCUAGAUAACAGCGAUUACAGAUAAUGGAUAUGUACAUAAUUGGGAUUAAUAUGGUGUGAUUUGAUACUUUAAAAACAUUUUUGCACAUGAAUUGGAAGAAUGUUUUUAGAUUUUUUACAUUUGCUAACAUUGUGUUUGUUCAUCUUAAAAAUCUUUGAGGAAUGUUGUGUGUUUUUUACAACCCAAAAUUAAUACAAGUUUCACUUGAUGCAAUCUGUGAUGACUUUUGAGUGUGGCGUCUCUAGAUAGCUAAAAUGUCAUGUUUUGUUUUAAAUACUAAUAUGUUACUUAUCAAACUAUGUCAGAGUUUGUAUAUACUAGUCAGUAUUUUCUAGUGUUUAGUAAGAUUGCUUGUAACUUAAUGGCUGCAUUCACAUGUAAUGCUAAACCAUAGUUUACUGUUAUGAUAACAACUAGCAGCAAGCCUUGGACUCCUCCCCCUCUAGUUGGCUAUAAGGAGGAGUUUGGAAGCUCUCACAUUUAUUUUAGACUAACCUGAGUUUAUUGUGAUAUCCAAAUCUGGACAAACUGAUUAGUUUUCACUUUGGCUAAAUGGAAACAAGUGAACGUCAAACCACAGUUUAUGAAGCUGGCUUUUUUUCACUAAACAUAGGAUAAGCCAUUGUUUAGGGUUUAGACAAUGGUUAGUCUAAAACUAAAGCAGAAUCUUCCAGUCUCCUCCCCAGAGCUACACUGGAGAAGGAGGGGGAGGGGGAGCACAAAAGCCAAGGCUUGCUGUGGUUCACCCUUGUAAUGCUAAACCAUGGUUUAACAUUACCUGUAAACCAGGCCAGUAUCAACUAACCAAACUGAUUUCAUUUAUAAGAUUUCAGUUACUGAAAUUGUUUACCUUUUUAAAAAACCACUAUUUUUUCUAUUUUUUUCUAAUAAAUAGUGAAUACAAAUUUCACAUUGUACACAGAAUAGGAAAUGCAUCUGUUUUUAAAGACAUUUGAAAUUCCAAACCAAAAAAAAACACAAAGGAAUGAAGGAUUUUUUAAGCAGUUUUAGCUAAUAAACCACCACCUGUGAAAAAUGGUGUUUGCACAUUCUUGUACUUUUCUUUGUAUAUGAAGUACUUUUACAUGUACUUUGUAUAAAAAUGAUCCUCUUUUUUCUAAGGUUGUUUAAAAAUGUACACUGCAUUACUUAUAUGGUUGUAACUAGGCAGUUUUAUUUUAUGUAUGUUACAUAACUAGUGUAUGCUAACUAACUUGUAAUAAAGAUACUUCAUAAAAAACAUUCCUUCUUUACUCUACCCAGUGGUAUAAGUACAAUAAAUAUCUCUCAUCUAAUUGUACAAUUAAGUUAUAUCCCAAAUUACGUGUAAUAAAAUUCAUAUUUUUGUACAGGCAAGUGCCAUCUUGCAUGUGAGAAACUGUUCUUAAGUCUAUUUUUUCAUUGUUAAACUCAAAAUAUUUCAUGAAUAUCACAGACCAGCCAUAUC